AUGGAGUCUCAUCAAGACACGGUACCCGCAGUCUACAUGCGUGGUGGCACCAGCAAAGCCCUCUUCCUCCAUGAGAAGGACAUUCCUCCCCAAGGGCCUUCCAGAGACCGCUUUCUAAUGCGAGUGAUGGGCUCGCCAGAUCCAAUGCAAAUCGAUGGCAUGGGAGGUACAUACCCAGUGACUUCCAAAGUCGCCAUCAUUCGGCCUUCUCGUCGGGAGGACGUUGACGUCGAUUUCAUUUUCGCGCAAGUCUCCGUGAACGAGCGCUUCGUAGAUUACGACGCCGGAUGCGGAAACAUUUCUUCUGGAGUAGGACCUUUCGCCAUUAAUGAGGGGUUGGUCAGACAGAAGAGACUCGGCAGUGCCGCAGAGGGAUACACAACGCAGGAAGUCAGGAUCUUUCAGCCUUUGAGCACCAAGAAGGUUCUAGUGGCACACGUACCUAUCGAUGCGCAGGGACGCUUCACUGCAAAGGGAGGUUACGAGAUUGCAGGAUGUCCAGGCAGUGGGUCGCCAAUAUUGAUGGAUUAUCGCUACGUUCGUAGCCCGUGCAAAUGACGAGAACGCUUCUGACAAGACGCAGACAAUCGGGGGCGGCGUUGACAGAGGCCUCAUACCCACCGGGAAGCCUCUAGAUACCAUGGAGCUGAACGGCCGAACGAUAGAAUACAGUAUCUGCGAUGCCGCCCACAUCAUAGCUUUCGCCAGAGCCAGCGAUUUUGGUCUGAAAGGCGACGAACACCCAAAGUCCAUCAAUGAGGAUAAAGAGCUUCUCGAUCGCGUCAGAGCCUUCCGUGGCAAGGCUGCAUAUUCCGUGGGCCUGUGUCGCGAUCCAUCAACCGUCGACAAAGAUUCCCCAAUCUUGCCAAUGGUGGCGUUACUCUCAGAGACACCGGAUCCAAAAGCACACAUCCAGUCGCGACUGUUUCUUGACAACGCUUGUCAUUCAGCAAUGGCAGGUGCAGGCGCAACGUGCACUGCUGCGUGUAGUCGUGUUCGCGGAUCCCUUGUGGCCGCGAUCAUGCGACCGGAAGCGCUGGAGAAGAACGUGUUCCAUGUACAUCAUCCGUCCGGCAUCUUACCAAUAUCGAUUGAGACUGGCGCACCUGACGAGAAAGGCUUCCCGACUUUUGAGACGCUUUCGUUUGUUCGCACCGCUAGAUAUCUCUUCAAAGGGGACUUGUUCGUCCCUGACGACUUCGACGUGUCCUACAACAGCGACGAGACGCAUGCACACACCACGAGAGAGGCAUAG